UUCCACCGCUGUAAUCAUUACUUGUUACAACCGACAAGAUGCUUCCCAAGAAACUGCCCACCUUUGCCUUACUGGUUGCUGCUUGGUGUUGGACAUCUGAAGCUAAUACAUACUUUGAUGUGGCGUGUUCUGGAGUAAACAGCGAGCUGAAGUGCCCUGAUGGAGAACUGAUUGAGGUGCUGGCAAUGGAUACUGGUUCAGUACUAAACGCUAAAUGCGAUGCCAGAAACCAGCAAGCCAGUAUCUACGGCACCGCAUGCUUACAUCCACUGAUGUUAGGAUGGGUCAAGUCUGUCUGUGACAACCUGGAGCGUUGCCGACUGCCCAAACCCAAUAUACAGAUGUUUACCUGCCCUCUGUUAUUCGAACCCUUCAUUCAGCUCACCUACAAAUGCAAAGCCAAAAAUCCUGAGAUGAAGGAAGCUGUUGCAUGUGAAAAUGAUGUUGCUAAGCUCCAGUGUGAAAAGGGAGUUAUUGCAAUUUUGGAGGCCAAAUACGGACGUCUUGACGAAGUCACCUGCAUCAACGGCACUUCGUCAAUGACCUUCUGUUCGAGCCCAUUAGCUAAAAAAGUCGUGCAGGAGAGUUGUGCACUCGAAAAUAAGUGCGAAGUUGAAGUCUCUUCUGAAAAUCUGGGAAUACCAAUCCAUUGCGAUAUGCUUGCCAAGUACCUUUAUGUGUCGUAUAUUUGUAUCUGAUUGGAGACUUUCUUCAAAUACAAGUAUCCCAUGGAGGAGCAGUGACUCUAUUCUGAAGUCACACAUCAAAAAGAGUUAUGAUUGGAUUCAUGAUUAAAAGAGUGCAUCCGA